GUACCACUAGUAACAAAUCCUACAUUUCCUAUGACUUUAAGGUUUCCAAUAACGUUCUACAGAUGAAUGUCACAAACAACAACUAUGCCGAUCCAAACAACCUGAUGUUUGAAGAAAUCAAAAUAUUGGGAUUGCUCCAGGAACCAGUAUCAGUUACUGUGUUGCAGAACAACGACGUACAAAAUUCUUCCCAUAAUAUCACCUAUAAUCCUGUAGAUAAGGUUGCUCUCAUACAAGGACUCCAGCUGGUCCUGGGAAAAUCGUACUCAUUAAGAUGGACUCUAGGAACCAGUGUCAAUGAAAAAUACAGUUGUCAUCCCGGUCUGAACACAUCCAAGGAAAAAUGUGAAGAGCUCGGCUGUGUCUGGACCGAAGAUACUUCCAAUGUAAGUGUUCCGAACUGCUAUUACAGUGGCCCUGACAACGCUUAUUCUGUUGCUGACGUAAAAUACACGUCAUCGGGUGUGACGGCCAAUCUCACCUUCAACAAGACCAGUCUCAAAGCCUACGAGAAAUCAAUGUUACCCAUCAGUAGUCUUCGUGUGGAGGUGAAAUAUCACAACAACCAUAUGCUGCAAUUUAAGAUAUAUGAUUAUGCGAAUGAAAGAUAUGAGGUGCCGAUAGCGCUAAAUCUUCCCAAGUCCCCAGAGAGCACAGUUGAGAAUCGGCUUUACGACGUAAUGAUUCAGGACAAACCAUUUGGCAUCCAGGUUCGGCGCAGAAGCACAGGGACAGUGAUCUGGGAUUCUCAGCUACCAACUUUCACCUUCAGCGACAUGUUCAUUCAGAUUUCUACUCGUUUAGCUUCCCAAUAUUUGUACGGCUUCGGGGAAACCGAACACACGAAGUUUCGACGUGACAUGAACUGGCACACCUGGGGAAUGCUCUCCAGGGACCAGCCUCCUGGAUACAAGUUGAAUUCAUAUGGUUUCCAGCCGUUCUACAUGAGUCUUGAAGAAGAUGGCAACGCCCAUGGAGUUCUCUUGCUUAAUAGCAAUGCAAUGGACGUGACCUUCCAGCCCACGCCUGCUCUGACGUAUCGCACAAUUGGGGGAAUUCUGGACUUUUACAUGGUUUUGGGCCCAACACCAGAGCUCAUCGUGCAGCAAUACACCGCGCUGGUUGGACGACCAGUCAUGCCACCCUACUGGGCACUAGGAUUCCAGUUAUGCCGCUACGGAUAUGAAAAUGACACCGAAAUUGCCAAGUUGGUGGAAGACAUGAAAGCAGCCAGAAUACCCUACGAUGUCCAGUAUGCAGACAUUGAUUACAUGGAACGGCAAUUGGAUUUCACCCUUAACCCACGCUUCACUGGAUUACCAGCUCUAAUUAAUAAAAUACAUGAAGAAGGAAUGAGGUUUAUUCUAAUUCUAGAUCCAGCCAUAUCUGGUAAUGAAACCGAUUAUCCUGCCUUCACAAGAGGUUUGGAGAAGGAUGUCUUCAUAAAAUGGCCCAAUACCAAUGACAUUAUCUAUGCAAAGGUCUGGCCAGAUCUUCCCAAUGUAGAAGUUAAUAACACACUUGAUUGGGAAACCCAAGUGGAGCUCUACCGAGCAUAUGUAGCUUUUCCAGAUUUCUUCCGCAAUUCCACAACUGAAUGGUGGAUGAGAGAAAUUGCUGAAGUCUACACCAAUCCACACAACGCAUCGAAAAGCUUGAAGUUCGAUGGCCUAUGGAUUGACAUGAACGAACCUGCAAGCUUCGUUAACGGUGCUGUUGGUGGCUGUAGAAAUGAACAGCUAAACUUUCCACCAUACGUACCCCAGUUAGGAUUUAGAUCAGAGGGAUUGAUUUUCAAAACGCUCUGCAUGGAAGGUCAGCAAUAUCUCCCAGAUGGUUCUCCAGUCAGUCACUACGAUGUCCACAACCUUUAUGGAUGGUCACAAACAAAACCUACCCUCGAUGCCUUGCGGAAUAUCACAAAGGAGCGAGGAAUUGUUGUCACCCGUUCAACCUACCCCAGCAGCGGAAAGUGGUCAGGACAUUGGCUGGGGGACAACACCGCAGCCUGGAAUCAGCUCGAUAAAUCCAUCAUUGGUAUGAUGGAGUUUAGUCUCUUUGGAAUAUCUUAUACAGGAGCAGAUAUCUGCGGCUUCUUCAGAGACUCGGAAUACGAGCUGUGUGCUCGAUGGAUGGAGCUGGGUGCCUUUUACCCGUACUCAAGGAAUCACAAUGGGAAAGGAGCCAAGAGGCAAGAUCCUGUUGCCUGGAAUUCAACAUUUGAAGACAUUUCUAGGAAAGUGCUAACUAUAAGAUACACCCUCUUGCCCUAUUUGUACACAUUAAUGUACGAAGCCAACGCUCACGGCAGCACCGUGGUCCGCCCUCUGCUCCAUGAGUAA